CUAGCCCGGUUUGCGUAAGCGUGUCCAUACAUUUAACAAGCCACUGAAUUGCACAGGGCUAAGCUAUGGCCACGCUUGCACAACAGCUCUCAAGAAGUAGUCGUUAUAAGCUCCAUUAGCAGAACAGAUGAGCUCACUCAUGUUACUUUUUGCUAUAGCAUUGUUCACGUAUAGCUUUGGGUCAGCGCAGCUGCAUCGCGCCCUGCUCAGCGAGGAUGGCGCGGCGGAGGCUACGCAGCCGCCUUUGACGUUGGCGGACCUAGUCAUUGUGAUACCAACAACAAAGGAGCGACUGCCGCUGGUGCACGCGAGCCGACUCGCACGGCGCGGCAUCCGCACCAUCAUAGCGCUGGAGACGGCAGCUGACGCCGCGGCCCUCAACGAGCAAACUGGCGGCCUGGCCGGGCCCCACGCCGAAGCCUACGUUGCAUGGGCGGACGCGCAGCCCGACGAGUCGGCGGGCGGCGGCCCCUACGGCCGCUACCCCCCUCCCGCGACCCUGCAUGCGGAGCACCGCACGGGGCCGCGCGCUGCGAUGGCUCCCAUGCUUGCACACGAGCUGCUCAUGGCGUUAGCCCGCAAGGCGGCCGCGAACGCCACCGGCCUUGAACACUACUCGCUCGGCGCGCCCAACUCAGCCCCACCGCCCUACCGCUGGUUGCUCCUGGCCCGUGACGACACGCUGUGGCUUCCCCACCACGCGCUGUCGCUUCUGUCCGGCUUCAGCGGCCGCGCCGCCGCCGUGUGCGACCACCUGGCCGACUGGAACGGCAUCACGCUGCUGUCGCCCUCGCGCGUCGCGGCCGCCUGCCUGCCCUGCGGCUUCAACCUGACUGCGGUGAUGGGGCGGAAGCGGCCGCCCAAGUUUCCGCAGCCGGUGUGCCCGGUGUGCCGGCCCGCCUCGGGCUGCGAGUUCCGAUUCGAUCUGUGUAACGGGCUGGUGGGUGACGGCAACGGCUGCGGCACGCGGCGCUUCCUGGGCAGCGGCGACCGCUGCGGGCACUCCUGGCCGGCGGCGGGCGCGGGCGUGGCGCUCAACUUCAAACUGCUGAGCUACAUAAACAAGGAGAAGUGGGUGUCCUGUGUGCGCGACGGGCAGCCCACCACGGGUGAGCGCGCGCUGGGUCGCUGCCUGUGGCGCGUCGGCUUUGGCCUCACACUGUCGGGCGCGGGGCUGUCGGCGGCCCUCAGCCGCGACCCCUUAAGCCCGCACCACAUGCUGUUCGGCAACCCCAUGGCUCGACAGGCGGUGUUCGGAACCGAGGCGGACUCAGUGUUGGGCCCAGUCUACAAACGACUGGAGGCGGCCGCCGCCGCCGCCCGCGCCGCCGUCGAGGACAAGGCGCGCGCCGCCGCCGCGGCCGCCACCGCCGCCGGUGACGCGGCGGGCGCCAUCAAGGCCAUUGCCGCCGGCGGCGUCACCACCCCUGGCGGCCAGCCGUGGUUGUACGGCGCCGCGGACCUCACCAUCGCCACGCCGUCGACACGGCUGGCGGUGGCGGCGCCGCCGCCGCCGCCACCCCCGCCGCCUCCGCUGGUCAUUGACGGGGUGGUUGUGGACACGGAAGCGGGCGUGACGCAGGCGCCGCCGCUGAAGCAGUGUGACAUGGCGUGUACGGCAAAGUGGGUGGCGGGGGCGGCGGUUAGCGCACACCUGGACGUGCCGCUGGAUGAGGGCGCGGCGCUGACACGCGCCGAACUGACGGCGGCGGCGGCGCUGUUGGCGGCGGCGGCGGAGCGGGUCGGGAAGGAGGCGGGGCUGCCGGCAGCAGCAUAGUGAAGGGCUGGAGGCGUAGUGGGGGCGCGUAGUGGAGGCCAGGCUAUGCUGGACCGGUGUAGAUGCGCGCGCGACAGCGACAUUAGGGCAAGCCACAUUUCGGGUGCCAUGUGGGCUGGCUGCGGCUGGAGGGGAUUGGAACAGAACCUGCUAGGAAUGGCGAGUAGCGAGCAGAUCGGCGAGCAGGGCUGGCUGGGCUGUGAGGCGUGCUGCGUGCGAGCGGCGAGCGCUGUACAAGGCAAGCACGCGGAGGCAGGGCUAACACAACUAACGUGCCAAGUGCGCAAGCAAGUAUGCGCCGUGUGUGUUGUCGCGGGAUGCUGUCUGUGCCUUGGCAAAUCAGUAGACGCGGUCGCCGGCAUUGUUUGUGUCUGUGUCCGGGAGAUGAGAUA